AUGCAAGAAGUUCGUGUCUCUUCACUUUUGGACACUUCAGUGAAUUACGAAACACUUUCGGCUUCAAAAAACGGACAGAACAUCUCAUAUUUAGAUCAAGGGACACUCCACAUCAUAUCGACAAAAUCAAAGGACGAAUUUACAAUUCCUCAAGUCUCUCAAUCUCAAUUUGUCAAGAUGCUUGACGCCGAAAAUUUGAUCUACACAACUGGGAAAUCAGUGUAUUUUGUCGACCUUCUCAAUAAGCAGAAGACACUGUUAUUUGCAAAUGACGAGUGUUCCGCCAUUUAUUUGCACGCUUUUAAAGAUGGAUUUAUCAUUGUGUCUGUGUCGAACAACACGACUGACUUUGCUUAUUACACAUCACAAUUCAAAUCCGUUCAAAUACAAAAUUUGAAAUCUUCCGUUGUGUCGUUUUCGUCCAAUUUGAAUGACGUGUUACUUCUUCUGAACAAUAAAACAGUUGUGGUUAUUAGACAUUCAAUUCCAAGAGUGAAACGUAUUAAGUUGCCGGAGACACUUCCAAAUAAAGUGUGGAAAUCAGUUGCGAUGAAUUGCGAAUACACCGUCGUGGCAAUUACUGAAACAAAAAUUCCCUCAUUACCGGGGUAUGAGACAGAAAUCCAUAUCACCACUCUCUUGCAAGCAAGUGAGAAUGUAACUGAGGUGAUGGACUUAGUGACAAUUUCUAACACGUUUCAAACGAUUAGGAUCCCAAAGGUGUUUAGCAUUUUGGCAAUUCAAUGUGUGGGGCAAUGGGUUGUGUUUCUUGUUCAGAGCAAUGCAAUGCGAGUGAUUGUGUAUGACACGAAAACGAAGGAAACGUUUGAAAGCAGAGAGGGGAAAAACGUGGCUUUGAUUCAAAAUGUUAUUCCCGAAUAUGUCAUUGACGGAAAUGUGUAUUUCAUGAUUAAAGGAAAGACAUUCCCCGAAGUCGUCGUUUCAAUGAUGUUGAGUGGGUUUAACGAAUUGGCAAAUAACGUUUUGCAGUAUAACGGAAAGGAAGACGACGUCAGUUUUAUUCGAAUGGAGUUGGCAAUUCAAGAAGGAAGGGCCGACGCGUUGAAAGAAGUUAUUGACUCCCUGAAGACUGAAGAAUAUAUUCCCGCCUUAAAGGUGUUACAACAAUUUCUUGCCUCCGUUUCGAGGAAAGAAAGAACGCUGUUUGUGAAUGGGCGUUUUGCAAAGCAGUUUCAACUCUUAUUUCAAAAGACGUUGCACGCACUUGGGAGGAAGGAGGUUAUUACGUUUGAAGAACAGUACGACGAUUGUGUCGAUUUGCGUAAAGAAAUUGAACGACUUGAAAAGAUCAGAGAGAAAAAGGAAUAUAUCGACAGGAUUGAACAGACAAGACAGAAAUACAAAGUUUUCGACCAGUUCACUGAAGAGUCAAGAAAGGAAAUUCACGCGACACUUGAGUUGGUGUCAGUUGGUGGGUUGAGCAACAAAAUCAAUUACAUGAACGAAAAAGACAAACUGAGUUUUGGGAACAUUAGAGAUUUUAAGGAAGACGAGUUGAAAGAAAUGGUAUGGAAAUACGUCUACUUUUAUUGUAAAAACAAACAAAUGAACGAAGCGUAUAAAUUACUGAUGAAAACCGGAAUUGCAGACGUCAUCGAAGUCAUGAAAGUGUUGUGCACGAAAAGCGUCGAUGUUGAGAUGCGAAGAAACUUAUACGAAUUAUUGGAACCGAGUGACAUUGUCAAUUUAAUGAAAAAAAUAGACAACUGUCCAGAAAGGCCUGAAAGGCAUUUCCAGCUCAUUUUGAACGACCCCGACUAUUCUUAUUUACACUCCGACUUGACGCAACAAAACGCGGAGAAGUAUGGUAUUCGUCUUGGGUUUUCGACAAAAUAUGACAAUGGAGAAAUUUAUAUUGGAACGGCAAAACAGAUGCAAAUUUCUUUGGAAAUGAUGAAAUUGCUGGAACCAGUGGAACAAGACUUCAUUUGUCUUGAGUUGGGACAGAAAAUCAACAGUGGAAAUGACUGGAAUUAUUUUUUGUUCUAUGCUGCUCAUGGAAAAGUGAAAGAAGGAGUUGAGUGGAUGAAUGAACACAAAGACAUGAAUUCCACUGAAAUUGCGAAAGUCAGAAAGAUCAGUAGAAACUCUACAAUGGAAUUUAGUUCGGUUAUUUCUCAUAUCAUUGACAAAGAGGUCAAAGAAUCGUUUUUGGGUAUUGACUUGAUGAGAGAUAAUUUGUACACCCCCUAUUUUGAUGUUUUCUACAAGAAUAAAACAGCAAAGUGCCCAUUCCAUUGGAUGGAUGUGUAUAAAUGCAUCGACGAUGUUGAUUUGGCAUUAUUGGUGAACACAUUUGAGUAUCACGUGUUCCCAAUUCAAGAAUUUGACAAAACAAAAUUGCUCAAUUCUCUUCCAAAGCAAUUUCCAUCGAAAAAACUUCUUGUCGAACUCUUCACCAAUUUGUCGGAUCAAAAGCCGGUUGGGAUCGAAAAGACAGAGGAAAUCAAUUACAAAACAAGGCUUGGAGAUUGCAGACUGUUUGAAUUGUAUGAAUUUGUUCUCUCAAAAAAGCACUUUGUUGGCAAUAACAGACUUCUUCCUUACAUUCCUCGAAUGGACACGAUGUUCUACACGUUAAACACAAAGUACUAUGUUGAGAAUGGACAGGCAGUGCAUUGUAUGAUGACAAACACAACGAAAGAAGAGAUUGAAAAGAUAGGCCGAGAGUGCACACAAACAGACCAACUGUCCACAAUUUGUUUUAUGUCGAAUUUCUUCAAAAAUCCAACAAUGAAACUCGAAGUUCUUCUUCACGAACUUUUGAAAGAUAAAAUUGACGAAAUUAAAAAGAACCCGAUCAUGCAUAAUUACGUCUGUGACGACGCUUUGUGCUUCAAAAUGGCACGCUUUGAAUUUAAGGCACAAGAGUUUAUCAUCAACUCCCUUUGUGACAGAAUCAAAGAGAGCCCAAAAUUUGAUGUGACAUGGAAUUUGUUACCAUUUUUGUGCUCACGAUGGCAAAUGCCCAUUCCAUCAGUUCCAUUCGAGAAGUUGGCGGCUGCUGGUAAUAUGUUGGGGAUGAUCGAGUUUUCUGAUCAUCAUCGUGUCAGCAAAGAAGAGCUUUUGAGCUACAAAUGGGGCGAUAACACGAUAUCGGUUCACGGGAAGCAUUUCAUUGAAGUAAUAAAUGAUGCCAAAGAGAGAGGCAUCAGCGAAUUUUUGCAACUUUCUGUUCCAUCGACAAAUUUCCUCAAUUUUGUCUUUAUGCCGGUUUGUUUGCAAUCGUUGGUGUACACUCUCGAGAGUUUGUUAAACAUUGCACACAAGAAGGAUGCCCCAUUUGAGCGAAUACGAACCAUUUUGCUGGAUACUUGUGUUGAGUCUGUUGAAACCCUUUACUUUGUUUACAAAUUGUUUGACUCAAAAAGUCCGUUAUUUGAAUUCCUCCAAAUUCUUGUUGAUGUACAAAACGGGUUUGAGCCAAGUACAAAGAACUUGAUUGCCACAAUCAAAGACAAAACACACAAGUAUGGAACACAACCAUGGGCUCUUAUGACCAUCGAAAUGAUGAUGGAUAAAAUGAUUGAGUACUAUGAAACGAAUUCGCCGUAUCGGAUGGAACUAAUUUUCAACGCAGCAAGUGAGUUAACUUUGGUCGAAGAAAUUAAACAACGGAUUGGGCAAUACGAAGCCACCAAACACAUUUCAUUUGCGUAUUCCCUCAAUUUGCUUGUAUCGACUCCUUCGAAACAGUUGGUACAACUGUUGUGCCAGAAGAAAUUGUUUGAACAAGCGUACGACUUUGUGAAACAAUUUGAUAUGGGGAUGUUCUCCUAUGUCGUUUUUUGUGAGGCAGACCUGUUGAACAAAGACUGGGACAAAAUUGAUGCGCUGUUUGUGUCGAAGAAAGUUGUUGCAAACGAUGUUGUUGAUUACUAUGGAACGAAGUACAACGAACUUGUCAAAGAGAAGUGCGUUGAUGGCAACAACCGAGUGUUCAGCAAAAAGGUGAAAAUUGUACUCCAACACAAAAUGGAUUGGUUAAGACAGUCAAAAGCGACUCUACAAGACGAAGAUGAACUCAAACGACUCAUUGCAAUUUUCGACCAAUGUGAGAAAGAAAAUGUCCCACCAGAAUCAAUUUUGACACCAACGGAAGAUAUUUUGAUUGACAUCAUUAACAUGGGCAACAUCACAAUUUCAAGGAAAAUAUCGGAGACCAUCCAAAUUGAAGAAGCAACACAAUUUGAGGAAGUUGUCAAGUUUGUUGGCAAGAAUGAAUCGUAUGAAAUACCUCUUGCGGAUGGGUUGGCUCAUUUAAGUGAAUUCCAAACAAAAAUGCCGAGAAUAGCGAAGGGAAUUGAGCUGUUCAAAAUUCGAUACAUGAUGAUUUACAAGUAUUCUGAAGACAAAAUGGUGUAUUUCCCGAUGAUCGACUCGACGUUCAUGUUUUUCGAGAAUCGAACGAUGUUGGUUGACGAAGCAGUUUCAAUCAGAGUUUUAUCAAAGUUCUCGAUGCGAUUGAAAGACUGGGAAGCUGUUUUUGAUGAUGCGCGAACGUACAUUAGGAGCGAGAAGAUCCCAGACGAGGAAGUUCUUCCAAUUUUGUCGUCGCGGUUUGUUGACAUAGGUACGGGUGUUCAGCCAGUUGUGUUAACUGGUUGGCAGAUAUCCACGUUAAAGAAAUUUGUCAGCAUCAUACAGGAGCCGGAAAAACUUGUUGAAUCGUUGAUGAAUGCGAUUGACGACAACAACAUUAAAUUGGUGAACGAAGUUAUUCAGUGCUCGUAUUGUGCUUCCAACAUUUCGAAUUCGUCGAAGAUGAUCAACAGAAUGCUGACGUUUUUCAAUGAACACGUGAAGAAAAUGCAACAGUCACAAAAUCUUCCGUAUUUAAUCGAUUUGAUAGUGAAAACCAAUACAUUUGAAGACUUUGUCAUUCCAACAACAAACGGACCAAAGUCUGCGAUAUGGUUAUAUCUAAGACUGAUAUUUGAGGAGAACAAAGACUACAAAAAACUGAUGGUCAAAACACAUGAAGACGACACGUUCUUAUUCCAGAUGCACUUCAAUAUGGAUUUGCAAAUUUGUUUUGAUACAAUGGAAGAAGCAGUAACCUAUUGCCACUUGGACAACAUGUGUUCUGAUAUGUUUGGAUAUUUGGGGGAUUUCCAGUCGGGCGGAGAGUACUUCUGGAAGAAAGGGGAGUCUGCGUUGUUGAGCAUUUCUUCGAAGCUCCAGACGGGAUUUUUCAAGAACCCAUCGGAGGGUGUUGUGUAUCUACUUACAGCCGCGAGAUACUAUAACGAUGCAUUGUCAUUUUUCACAAUGGACCAAGACUCUUUGUGGGCUAACAGAUGUUACCUCAAGUCUGUGUUGGCGCUCACACAGAUUGUUUAUGACAACGUCCAACUCAUUGGCUUGGGAACGUCCGAAGCCAAAAAGCAGAUGUUAUACUUCAGACUGUUUGAUGAUGCUUGGCUCUUUGCAAAGGUGUAUAAUAUUGGUGAGGAAGCGAAAGAUUGGGCGCAAGCGUUGGGUGUACAGUGCAUUUUCAACAACAACAUAGAAUAUUUCAAUGAGUGGUCACAGACAUACAAGAUGGACAUGGCUUGUUUGGAUAAUAUGAAAACGUACGUCGUUGAGAACUCGACAUUCAUGAGAAAGAAGGAAUUGAUGUUGAACUACGACAACUUCAAAGAGCUUUGUUUCAAGACUUGGAUUGAUCUUGAAAUGCAUACAGACAAAUUUGUAAAAAAUUGUUACAUCAGUCCAGCAGUCAAGAAGCGGAUUUUCAACACCAAGUUGAACUUUACUUUCUAG